AUGUCUCACAAUGGAACUAAGCUGCUUUACUUUGAAGCUGAUGAUGAUGAAGAAUUAUUGUCCAAUUCACCGCCAAGCCUUGAUGUUUAUUGUGUAUUGUCCUUGAUACAAGAAAGGAAUAAACACAAAGAAAAAAUUAUACACUUGUUUCAUUUAGCUUCACUCCGUUGCAAUCUGUAUUUCCAACAACAAUUCGAACAAAACACACCAACCACCACUACCAACUAUCGAGAGCUCAUUCAUACAGCAUGUCUUCUCUACACUUUAAUUUCUGAUACUCAUGCUCUUUACCCAACACCAACUGACUUGUGCAGCGAAGAUCAUUUUAACAAUCUAAUGUUUCAAGCAUUUAAUAUGUUUGAAAAGACAUUCACACUUGUAAAGGAAUUUAACGCUAAUUUCAAGUUGACAAUUUGUUUUGAUGAAACAAAUCUAACCCAAAUUCAGUUUCCAAUGUCAGAGUUUGUGGAAUGUUGUCUAUUUGUUGUGUCUUCUUUCGAAAAGAAUUUAGAAUUGGUAAAAGGAGCUUUGGAAACUACAAUAUCACUUUUUAGCUAUGCCAAAUAUAGAGUAGGUGGAGACCAAUCUCUUAGUAUUUUCCACAACUCUUGCCUUGCCAAAUGCUAUCAGACAAUGCUUGACUUGUUGGGACCCACUGAAACAGAAGGUGUACGAAAUGAAUGGAAAUUAACAUUAGAUGGAUUACAGGACUCAAUUAUGAGUCAAUGA